AUGAAUUUACUGCAAAUCUCAGCACUGGCAGACGGCGACGUAAGAGAGUUGAUAACUUCGUUGCAAGGGCAUGGAUUGCUGCCAAAUCUGCUUCGUUGUGGAAAUUGCAACCUGGAUAUGGUUAUUUCUGCUCGAAACGAAGAUCACGUCCACGGAUAUCAGUGGUAAGUGUUACAGUUAAAGUAUUUCUGAUAUAGAAGAUUAUCAGUUGUCAAUUGAAAUAUUAAAAAAAAACCGAAAACAGACCUCAACCGAAAGAUACCAACUCGGUGGUUAGGAAAGCGAAAUGCAACUCAGGUUAAGAUGUUUUAUUUUCAGGUCUGGAUAAUGAGUUGGUAAUGCAGCGAUCGUGAACUGCGAGCUUAGACGUGUUUCCAGCUUUGGUUGUCACAUCUCACUUUUCGGCGCUCAGCGAUCGAAACGUUACUUUAUUCUUAGGAUAAUGUUCCCGCGGAUGACAAAUUCGAUGAAUUAUAUAAACUUCAGCGGCGAGCUGGCGGACCUAAUGCCGGAACACCGGGCACCAAAAAUGCCACUAAAGAAUUCAGCAUACUCACUGAACAACGUCUUCUAGACAAAAAUAUUAAUAAUAACAAUGAUAAGAAUAAUAAUAAUAGUUAUGGUGAUGAUGAUAACAGAAAAAGAUAUAUAGAUAUAAAAGCCUUUUUUUAUACAGUAGAUAUGAACCAGAUUACCAGAUGCUUUCUUACUAA